CCGGGCCCAUGGCGAAGAAAACCUACGACCUGCUCUUCAAGCUGCUGCUGAUCGGCGACUCGGGCGUCGGCAAGACCUGCGUGCUCUUCCGCUUCUCCGACGAUGCCUUCAACACCACCUUCAUCUCCACCAUCGGGAUAGACUUCAAGAUCAAAACAGUUGAAUUGCAAGGAAAGAAGAUAAAGCUACAGAUAUGGGACACGGCAGGGCAGGAGCGGUUUCACACCAUCACCACCUCCUACUACAGAGGUGCCAUGGGAAUCAUGCUAGUGUAUGACAUCACCAAUGCCAAAAGCUUUGAAAACAUCAGCAAAUGGCUCAGAAACAUUGAUGAGCAUGCCAAUGAAGAUGUGGAGAGGAUGCUUCUAGGAAACAAGUGUGAUAUGGAUGACAAGAGGGUGGUACCCAAAGCAAAAGGCGAGCAGAUUGCAAGAGAGCACGGUAUUAGGUUUUUCGAAACUAGUGCAAAAGCAAAUAUAAACAUUGAGAAGGCAUUCCUCACGUUAGCAGAAGACAUUCUUCGAAAGACCCCUGUAAAAGAGCCCAACAGUGAAAAUGUAGAUAUCAGCAGCGGGGGCGGCGUCACCGGAUGGAAGAGCAAGUGCUGCUGAGGCAAGGUGCCUCCCCUCGCCCAGCGCCACCCACCCA